AUGAUGUCCUAUGGAGAGAGGCUGGAGGGCCGGGCUGUCUCCCCACUCCCAGUCUGUGGGGGGCACAUGAUGCGUGGGGCAGCCUAUGCCUAUGUGCCCAGCCCACAGGUCCUGCACAGGAUUCCAGGGACCUCAGCCUAUGCCUUCCCCAGCCUGGGCCCCGUGGCCCUUGCCGAGCGGGGCCGCCCCUACGGGGAGGUUCUGGAGCACCAUGACCCGCUGCCUGCCAAGCUGGCCCAGGAGGAUGAGCAGAAGCCAGAGCCUGGGGUGGCCCAGAAGCUGCGCCAGGCUGGCUGGACGCUCCUCCAGGUACCACUGAUGCUCGUCUUCCUCUACCUCUUUGUCUGCUCCCUGGACGUGCUCAGCUCAGCCUUCCAGCUGGCCGGAGGGAAGGUGGCUGGCGACAUCUUCAAGGACAGUGCCAUCCUGUCCAACCCAGUGGCGGCGCUGGUGGUGGGGAUCCUCGUGACCGUGCUGGUGCAGAGCUCCAGCACCUCCACAUCCAUUGUGGUCAGCAUGGUCUCCUCCGGCUUGCUGGAGGUAAGCUCUGCCAUCCCCAUCAUCAUGGGCUCCAACAUCGGCACCUCCGUCACCAACACCAUCGUGGCCCUGAUGCAGGCGGGGGACAGGACUGACUUCCGGCGGGCCUUCGCGGGGGCCACAGUGCACGACUGCUUUAACUGGCUGUCAGUUCUGGUCCUGCUACCCCUGGAGGCUGCCACCGGGUACCUGCACCACAUCACUCGACUUGUGGUGGCCUCCUUCAACAUCCGCGGCGGCCGCGAUGCCCCUGACCUGCUCAAGAUCAUCACGGAGCCCUUCACUAAGCUCAUCAUUCAGCUGGACAAGUCCGUGAUUACCAGCAUUGCCACGGGGGAUGAGUCCCUGAGAAAUCACAGUCUCAUCCGGAUCUGGUGCCACCCAAACCCCAUGGAGGUUCCCUCCCGCAGGCCCAGGGCAGAGGUCAACACCAGCCGGAUGCUCGGAAAUGCCACCAUGGAGAAAUGCAGCCACAUUUUCGUGGACACAGGCCUGCCUGACCUGGCUGUGGGGCUCAUCCUGCUGGCUGGCUCCCUGGUGCUCCUGUGCACUUGCCUCAUCCUCCUCGUCAAGAUGCUCAACUCUCUGCUCAAGGGCCAGGUGGCCAAGGUCAUUCAGAUGGUUAUCAACACUGACUUUCCCACCCCCUUCACCUGGGCCACAGGCUACUUUGCCAUGGUGGUGGGCGCUGGCAUGACCUUCGUUGUCCAGAGCAGUUCUGUGUUCACCUCGGCCAUCACCCCACUCAUCGGCCUGGGUGUGAUCAGCCUUGAGCGCGCCUACCCACUCACACUGGGCGCCAACAUCGGCACCACCACCACGGCCAUCCUGGCUGCGCUGGCCAGCCCCCGGGAGAAGCUGUCCAGUGCUUUCCAGAUUGCCCUCUGCCACUUCUUCUUCAACAUCUCAGGCAUCCUGCUGUGGUACCCAGUGCCCUGCACGCGCCUGCCCAUCCGCAUGGCCAAGGCGCUGGGCAAACGCACCGCCAAGUACCGCUGGUUCGCCGUCCUCUACCUCCUCCUGUGCUUCCUGCUGCUGCCGUCGCUGGUGUUUGGCAUCUCCAUGGCAGGCUGGCAGGCCAUGGUAGGCGUGGGCACACCCUUUGGGGCCCUGCUGGCCUUCGUGGUACUUGUCAGCGUGCUGCAGAGUCGCAGCCCCGGGCGCCUGCCCAAGUGGCUGCAGACAUGGGACUUCCUGCCCCGCUGGAUGCACUCCCUGCAGCCCCUGGACCACCUCAUCACCCGCGCUACCUUGUGCUGUGCCAGGCCCGAGCCCCGCUCACCCCCGCUGCCCGCCAGGGUCUUCCUGGAGGAGCUGCCCCCUGCCACACCCUCCCCCCGCCUCGCGAUGCCCAGUCACCACACGGCCACCCGUCUCUAG